AUGUCGAGUGGCGCCAACGACACCUCAAGCUCCCGCAGCUGCCAAGGCAUGCUGGAAAAGUUCUUUUCUCUGUCUGGUUGCACCGUCAUCCUGACAGGCGGUGCACGUGGAAUUGGUCUUCAGCUCUUGAAAACCCUCCUCACGGCUGGCGCCGACGUCGCUUGUCUCGAUAUCCUCGCUGGGCCAGCACCGGACAGAUUACAUGACCUCAAGCUGCAUGCAGGCGCAGAGGACUCUUGGGUCUGUUUCUACAAGUGUGACGUCACAGACGAGGCAGCGGUCGAGCAGACCUUGGCUGAUGUUGACCAGAAGGCGACUCAGCGAUGCCGGCCGAUAACGGGCCUGGUGAACUGUGCCGGAAUCCAGAUGGCUGGGGACGCUCUAGAGCUUGCGGCAGAAGACUUUCGCCAGGUCAUCGAUGUAAAUGUGACUGGGAGCUUCUUAGUUGCGAGGCAGACCGCAAAGGUGAUGCGACGGAACGGCACCGGCGGAAGCCUGCUCCUCAUAGCGUCAAUGGCGGCCCAUGCUGCGAACCGGGGGAUCAACAACUGCAACUACAACGCGUCAAAAGCCGGGGUGCUCCAACUCGGCCGAUCUCUGGCACAGGAGUGGGGUAAAAACAAGAUCCGAGUCAACACGUUAUCGCCGGGCUACCUGCGGACUGACAUGACCCAGGAGCUGUUGGAUGCGGAUCCGGCACUGAAGAAGCUAUGGCUGGCGGGGGCAAUGCUAGGGAGGCUCGGGGAGGUGGCGGAUCUCGAGGCUGCGGUUCUGUUUCUCCUGGGUGAUGGGUCUCGAUUCAUGACGGGGGCUGAUCUGAGAGUCGACGGAGGCAACACGGCUGCCGUUUAG